UUCAAUGUCAAAUAAAAAGUAAACAAAUAUAAAUAAAUUCAUAAAUAUAUUUUAUCAAACAAAAAUAUUUCUACUAUGACACACAUACGCUUGUGCACUCGACAGUUGGCGCAUUUUCAACGAACUCGCAUCGUAUGUCCAACGCUCUCACCGACGUUCGUGAGCGCUAUCUCCACUACUAUCAGCACCCUCAGCUGGUUGAGCACGACAGCUGGUGGUAACUACUAUAAAGACCAAAUGUCGUCGUCAAUAGUUAGUCGCUCAGCAAGUGCCGAAUUUAUAAGACGUGUGUGUAAGGUGUUAUGCUGCAAUAAAACGCUCGCUCAAUGCACAACAAAUAAAAAUAGAAUAGCGUAUAAAGAGAUAAUUUCCUAUAGAUUAAGUGAGACGAAUCGAAACAAAAAUAAAACGCAUAACGCCUCGAACAAUUUACAAAGCCUUUGGCAACAAAAAGAAGCUAUGUCAACAACAACAACAACAAAAACGAACAAAGUGAAAUCAAUGAAAUCAGCGCGUAUUGUAAUUAUUGGCGCCGGCUCGGCUGGUAUAGCUGCAGCAACAAGACUCCUGCAGUCGGGAUUUGAAAAUGUUUUUCUACUCGAGGCCGAGAAUCGUUAUGGUGGACGUGUACACUCCAUACCCUUUGCGGAUAACGUUGUGGAUUUGGGCGCGCAAUGGUGUCACGGUGAGAAGGGUAAUGUAAUCUUUGACACCGUGCGCGAUUUGGAUAUGCUGCAGUCCACAGGUGACAUAUACGACGACUACAAAUGCGUGCGUUCCAAUAAGGAAGUGCUUUCCGAAACUGUCGCAAAUACGUUGAAAUCGGUUGCCUUUAACUUAAUACCCGCACGACAAGAGGGCUUGAAGAGUUUCGAAGGUUCUUUAGGCACAUAUCUCACAGAGGCAUUUUGGCGUGAUCUGCAGCAAUCGCCGGAGAUAGAUAAGACUGUGGCAUGUGAAUUUUUCGAGAACUACAAGAAAUUCGAAAGCUCGGUGGAAGCUUCAGAUCACCUGUUUGAAGUUUCCGGGAAAGGUCACCUUGAAUAUUGGUUAUGCGAAGGAGAUCUACUGCUAAAUUGGAAAGAUAAAGGCUUCCGCAGUUUUCUGCGGCUACUCAUGAAGGCGAAGCAGAAUGAAGCGCCAGACGAUAUGGGACUACUAAAUAAGCGCAUACAAUUCAAUGCACGUGUUCAAAACAUCGAAUGGCAAACAUCAAGCGGUGACGUGCGCAUACGUCUUUGGAACGGUGAAUUAAUCGAGGCGGAUCAUGUCAUCUGCACUGUAUCUUUGGGUGUGCUUAAAGAAACUCAUAAAGACAUGUUUACACCUGCGCUACCUUCAGCUAAAUGUCGCGCCAUUGACGGUCUUAAAUUGGGCACAGUCGACAAGUUUUUCCUGGAAUUCAAAGAACCUUUCGCACCACUCGAUUGGUCGGGCUUCUGUUUCCUUUGGCGCGACGAGGAUUUGGCGGAAUUACGAAACUCUAAGCACUUUUGGUUGGAGAGCGUGUUCGGCUUUUAUCGUGUCUCCUGCCAACCACGCAUACUGCAAGGUUGGAUAAUUGGUUCUCAUGCGCGUCACAUGGAAACACUAUCCGAAGCAGGGGUACUUAAAGCAUUGCUAUGGCUCUUCAAGAAGUUCUUCACAUUCGAGGUGCCUCCACCGCUGAGAUUUCUGCGCACACGCUGGUACACUAAUCCGAAUUUCCGUGGUAGUUACACCUUCCGCACGCUGUAUGCCGACGAGUUACGUACAGGCGGUUGGGAUUUAGCCGCACCCCUCACAGCUGACACCGACGGAAAACCAUUGCUACAAUUCGCUGGCGAAGCAACGCAUACACAUUUCUAUUCCACGGUGCAUGGUGCGGUGGAGAGUGGUUGGCGUGAAGCGCAGCGCUUGAUUACCUACUAUCUGGGGCACACUUCGCAACUGUAAGCAGCGUUAUGAAGGCGGAUGUCAUGGCAAUAUUAGCGAUAUCUAUGGCGAUAGCUUAAUGCGUAGCAAAGAUUAGGUGUAUAAUAUGUGCACUAUCUUCUUGUGUGUUUUAUUAUAUGUAUGUAUGUAGGUAUACUUUCAUAUAUGCCAGAGAAGCUGAUAAAUUACUACACCUUUGUAGCUAUUUGAAAUUGUAAAUAAAAUAUGCAAUAAGUUGAUAAGUAUUA